GGAUGUGUCCAAGGAAUGGGAGGCAGAGGAAUCGGAAAUCAUGUAUCGCGAGCAGAACGGCUUGUCUUUCGUCGAGACGCAGUAAUAAAACUGGUAUGACAUAUGUCAUACCUCCCUUGAUCUGUACCUGAGAUGAAAUUUGUUAGCGCAAAGUGGUGAUUGUCUCGCUCCUAAAGUGUCAAUCAGAAAGCCAACGCACUGUCCAGUAUGCUUGGAAUAUUUCUACAUUCGACGCAUGCUCCCGAGAAAGUGAUUGAGACAAUGUCAAGGAUGGGUCUCUCGAUAUCCGUUGAUGCUAUACACGAUGCAAUUUGUGCACUGUCAGCGGAAUCCUGUCGCGCGCUGCAAUACCUGGGCGCGAGACUUCAGAACCAGAAUAGAUGAUCCACGCGUACCAUAACCUAAAAAUUCCACGAUGUAAACCUGAGGAAUUUCUUAGGUAUUUCUAUCAAAUAUUCCAUUUGUUUCACAGUCUGCUGAGCACGGCGUGGUCUGCCGCUGUGGCUGGCAAUUGUUUACAAGUGUUUUCUGCCAGCCGCUGUGGGGAGAGAGAGGAUUAAAGUUG